AUAUUUUGGUGUUGUCCUCUGUAUAUACUUUAGCGAUCAGGUCAAUUGACUUUGGGUGUAUCUUAUAUUUUAGCAUUUCUCUGCUUAUACCUGUCGAAUGCCUUUGCAAAGUCUACUGAUAUUAAUAUAAGUGAUCUCUUAUAUUCCUAACUCUUCUGUAUACAGUAAUUUAGUAUAAAUAAAUUGUCUGCUGCUCUUCUGUUUUCCGUAUAUGUAUUUUGUUCUUCCAUUAAUAUAUCGUUUUAUUGUAGAUGUCUGCAUUUUAUCUAUUUAUUUUUAUUUAUUUAUUAUUAUUUUUUUUUAUGAUUCCUAUUAAUAAUUUAUCUGUGGCGUCUGUAAGGGCUAUUGGACUCACAGCUUUUAUUGCUGGUUUUGCGUUUUUCUCCAAUAAUUUAGUAUUUCAUGUUUUCCAUGUAUCCGGGAUUAUUGCUGCAUCACUGACAUCAUUUAAUGCUUGUACGAGAGUUGUUUUACAUUUAUCGUUGUGUGUCAUAGCAAUAAGGAGUUUCGUCUUAAUUUCAUUGGGUCCUGCUGCUUUUUCAGUCUUUGUCUUUUUUAUCUGGUAUUCUAACUCAAUUUUACAAUCUUCCAUUGGUUUUAUAGUGUUACAGCAGGGGUAUGGGUGCGGGUGGCUGAACUGUUGCAGGUGGCAGCACUGGGAGUGGCGGGAAGAGAGAGACUGAAAGAAAGGAGACGCUUGGCCCGAGAGGAAGCCAGCGUGUGCCUGUCUGUUUGGAAGUGUUUCCCUGCCUGUUGAGUGUCUUGUUGAGUGCCUGUCGUGCCCUGGGAGACUUGUGGUGCCCCUGUGAACUUGUAAAGCAGUGUACUUGCGGAGGAUUUGUCAAUAAACCUAGGAAAUAGUGCCCGUGUUUUCCCCUGUGCCCCGGCCUCGUGUGUGUGUGUGUGUGCGCCUUGUCCUGGCGUUCAGUGUGACUUAUUUGAGGCCCCGCUGGUGUUGUUUCUCGACCCGUGCCCUUGUGGAUAACACGCCCGCCCGGAGUGAAGGGUGGGCGCAACAAUAUCAUCAGUGUUUAUCGUGAAUGCUGCAUCCACGUGUUGUCUUGACUGAUAUGGUACCAGGCAGAGUCCAGGCUGCACGCCCUGCUCGCCACCAACCAAUCUUGUUGUGUCCAUGGCGUGUGCUGGUGGGAGUGGUGCUGUGGUGGAGGCCGUGAGGCCGGGCAGCAGCAUGAGUGGCCAGCAGCAGCAGCAGCCAGCCUCAGGUGUGGGGAGGCGCAGGCAUGGUGGCAAGAAUCACCUGGAGGCAGGCAGCUCUGUCCACAGAGGAGAGAGCAAGUUUGAGUGCCAGCAGUGUGACAAAACUUUUGUAUCCAGACGUGGCCUUGACUACCACACCCUGACACACAGUGGUGUUAGAAAUUAUGAGUGUGGUGAGUGUGGCAGGAAAUUUACCCAAAAGUGUUACCUCACCACACACACCCUGACACACAGUGGUGUUAGAAAUUAUGAGUGUGGUAAGUGUGGCAGGAAAUUUAUCCAAAAAUCUAGCCUCACCACACACACCCUGACACACAGUGGUGUUAGAAAUUAUGAGUGUGGUGAGUGUGGCAGGAAGUUUACCAGAAAGUCAACCCUCAGAAGACACAUCCUGACACACAGUGGUGUUAGAAAUUAUGAGUGUGAUGAGUGUGGGAAGAAAUUUACCCGGAAGUUCUCCCUCACCACACACACCCUGACACACAGUGGUGUUAGAAAUUAUGAGUGUGGUGAGUGUGGCAGGAAAUUUAUUGCAAAAUCUAACCUCACCAAACACACCGUGAUACACCGUGGUAUUAGAAAGUAUGAGUGUGGUGAGUGUGGCAAGAAAUUUAUUACAAAAUCUGACCUUACCAAACACAUCCUGACACACAGUGGUGUUAGAAAUUAUGAGUGUGAUGAGUGUGGCAGGAAGUUUACCAGAAAGUCAACCCUCAGCAGACACAUCCUGACACACAGUGGUGUUAGAAAUUAUGAGUGUGAUGAGUGUGGCAGGAAGUUUACCAGAAAGUCUCACCUCGCCAAACACAUCCUGACACACAGUGGUGUUAGAAAUUAUGAGUGUGAUGAGUGUGGCAGGAAGUUUACCAGAAAGUCUCACCUCACCACACACAUCCUGACACACAGUGGUGUUAGAAAUUAUGAGUGUGGUGAGUGUGGGAAGAAAUUUACCCACAAGUCUUGCCUCACCUCACACACCCUGACACACAGUGGUGUUAGAAAUUAUGAGUGCAAUGAGUGUGGGAGGAAGUUUACCAAAAAGGGUUCCCUCACCACACACACCCUGACACACAGUGGUGUUAGAAAUUAUGAGUGUGAUGAGUGUGGCAAAAGAUUUCCUACCAUUUCUCGUCUCAAUAAACACACCUUCAGACACACUGGCUUGAGGGAGUUCAAGUGUGAUGUUUGUGACAAGUGUUUCAAGACAAAGGGUGAUAUUGCCAGCCACAUGAGGGUCCACUUCUGAGGUGGUGUGUUGUGUGUGGAUGUGUGGGGCCACACCCAUGCCUGUGGUGGUGGCGGUGGUGGUGGUGUGAGGGAGUAACAGCCCCAGCAGUUGUUUUGUUGGCAGUGCAGGUGUGACCUUCAAUAAAUGUGUGUGUCUAACAUAACGCCAAGUUCUUUUCCGUUUUGAGUGGUGGUGUGUGAGUUCCCUGUAUUUGGUGCACAGUCGUGGUGGCCACAAGCACCGCCCCCAACACUUGCUUCACUGUAUCUGAGCAGCCGCGUCCCUCACCACCCUGCCAGCCUGUCUUGCGUGCACUGGGUAUGCCUGAGCCGUCGUGCAGACGCUGGGGCACGGCCAUGGCAGUCUUCGGCAAGCACGGGCGUCUGGCGUGGUGGUGUAAGAAUGCGCGUCGUGUCUUUUGUAUCAGUUAGGAAGAGCAGGGGACCCAGCACAGAGCCCUGGGGCCCCCUGCCGUGCACCUUCACUCUGCUGGACGCUGCUGCAUGUACUAUUGUGCCUCUACAUGCUGCACCUGCUGGAGGUGUUUCAGUGGUACAAGGACUGUGGCGAGGGUGACACAGGCAGAAUUCUCAGGAUACAAAAAGACAUGUUAUCAAUGUCUGUCAUAUUUCUCUACUCACUUCUUCACUUUGCUGGCCAAGAACACAUUACACUGUACAGUCUUGCUGCUGUAAUGCCAACACACUCUAGCAAAAAAUAAAUAAAUAAAUAAAAAAAACUUCAGUAGCCUGGGAAGUAAAAUACAUGAAGAAAAGGGGAAGUGACAACUAGAAAGAAAAUAAAAAAAGGAAAACAAAACUGCUGAACAAAAAAAAAGUAUUGGAAAAAAAAAAAAAAAUGAUUUUGACAGCAAAACACACACACACACACACACACACACACACACACACACACACACACACACACACACACACACACACACACACACACACACACACACACACACACACACACACA